AUGGCGAUGAGUCAGAAUUCUUCAGCCUCUAUUGGGUCGGUUCCUCCCAACGACGGUCCUCCAUCUCUCCGUCAAGCAAAUGCACAGAUUGCCGUGUUAGAGAUCUCAAGAUCAUCUGGUUCAGUUAAUGAACUCUUGAAGACCAUCGAAGAUCGCAUAACAGAUCAUAUCACUGAAACUCAGUCAGUCUUACGUAAAGCACUUGGUUUCUAUGGCGGUGGAUUUGCUAUAGCCACAGCCUUAGUCAUCUAUUUUAUGAAAAAGUAG